GUGCGAUCCGGUUCGAGUAACACACGGCCAAGUGCAUUUCGAAAGGCUGGCCAUUUUCCAUUCCCACAUACAUCGCGGGAUGAGCUCAUUCGAUUCCGUUGCUCUGAGGUCGAUUUAGCGUUGCCCCUCGAGUGCACUGCGCUAGGGAAAUCACAACCCCCAGACAGAAGGUACGGGGUACGGCUGUACGGUGACACAUAUUUCGUUGUUUUGUUUGUUUUCCCCCGAUUUUUCCCGAGUUCACUAACACUACCAGUGUGUGUGUGUGUGUGUGUGUGUGUGUGGACAAGGGCGGCCAGCUCGUAAUAAUCAUCUGUUUUCUGAAACCGUUCGGAGCCAGAGUUCACACAAUCAAAAACAAAAAAAUGCAAGACGUCUAGAGAUGUUGCGUUGGUCGUCUUAGACGGAGGGACACACUGCUGGUCCGUGUGAUGUGGUCCAAAUCGAUAGUGUACCGAAGUUCUUUGUGCUUCAUACUGAAAGUGAAAAUUUAAACCAAUCAGUGAGGACAUACAAAAAAAAGCAUCAAUUAAUCGUGAGGUUCUGAAUUUGUGAAAAGUGUGAUUACCCCUGUGCACCGACUAACGUCAGCACACGCAAAACUGCACUCGCUGUGCUCGUAGAAGAGCGAGAGCGAGAGAGAAAGAGAGAGAGCAUUCUAGUACAUCCCCCACUUCAGGGGCGAUGGGUGGAAAUAACUUUUCACCGUUCUUCGCCGUCCACGGCGUUGGAAAAUGCGUCGCGCACGGCACCGCGACACCGCAUGGAGACGCCACAGCAUCAUCAUCAUCAUCAUCAUCCCACGCCGGGGCGGUUCUUCUUCAAUGGCUUAGUGGUCGCGCUCGCUGACAGAGACUCACAAGUAGACUGUGUGUCAACCCGGCCGUAUUGCCACUCCACGCCAACUGCUUUUUUUGGAUUGAAGCAGAGCUAAAGGGAAGCAGAGCACUGGGAGAGUAGCUGUUUUAUUGCUAGCACCUGCUCAUUAGGGUAGCAAGAUCCUAGCAAUCGCUGAGGAACUGAGGUGAAAUCAUCAGCCUGCCCGUCAGUCAGUUCACUUCCAGAUCUUCUGUGUAACGGCCGCAGUGCUGUGAGUGUGUGUGUGAGGCUCAGUGGUGGAAAUCUGUAUCAAAAAAUCAACCAACGAAUUACGAUUUAACCUCCAUUCCCAGCGAAAGCAGAGAUCAGUGUAUCCAAAGUCACAUUGCCCCGUACCGUGCCAAUUCCCGUGCCGCAGUUAGUUCUCGCGAAGUAUCUCGGCACAGAGUCCAGCCGUCUGUAUGUGUGGAAGUGAUGGACGGCGGUGGUGGACGGUGGAAAUGGUGAAAUAGAAGCUCGUGCGAAGAUAUUUCUGUACCUUUUCCUGGGGCAGUGGGACUUGAGUUCCGUUGCGGCCGAGUAAUCCAGGCAGCGACGUGUCUCCCCCAACGUCGUUCCCUUGGCUUCGGCUUUUUUCACGCUGACUUUUGUGUAUGUGUGUGUAUUUUCCGGUGUCGUCAUCGGAGGAGGUUGAAGUGGAUGAGAAGGUUUACGUUUCUUCUUCUUCCUGUUUUUGCUGCCCUAGCGCUGUCGGUUUUGCAAUUUUUUGAACAAACAUAUUGACCACAGCUGCCUCAAGCGCGCACGCCACCAGUUCGAAGUGGAAAGUUCUAGAGUGAGAGAAGAAGGAGAAGAAGAAAAAAACUCCUACCAACAGGUUGGUUCGCUUGCUGCAGUGUAAUCCAGUGUGCGGUGUCGGAGAAGAUCAGCAAACCCUGCCGUCGUCGUCACCAUGCCACCAUCCUACUGUUCGGUGAAAGGUUGCACCAACAGCCGGAGCCCCUGCUGCAGCUUGUACUGCUUCCCGAAGGAUGUUGUCAUCUGCAAGAAGUGGGUCGACUUUUGCAACCGGCCGGAGCUGUACAAGAAGUACGACGAGAACGGGCCGGAAUAUCUGUACAAAAGUUCCCGCAUCUGCUCGGACCACUUUCAGCCGGCGGACUUCAACAAUCCCAAUCUCUUCAGCCAAGGGCUCAAAAAAGGCUCGGUACCGUCCGUGAACCCGGCGAACUUGGAAGCGGCAAAGCCACACGGUGGUAAUGGUGGAGGCAAUGGCAUCGGCAGUGGCAGUGGCGGCGGUGGUGGCAGUGGCAGCAGCAAUGGCGCCGGCUCACCGAUCGAUGAGAAGCUCCUGUCGGCCGUGGCCUCGAUCCCGAACCUGCACACCAACCUGUCGCUCAUGAUGGCUGCCGUCGCGGCGGCCGCCACCCAGUCCGCCAGCCAGAACGCGAGCCAGCUGAGCAGCCUGACCGCCAGCCUGAAACGGUCCGCCUCGGCCAUGAGCGGCGGCAGUAUGGUGGCAGCAAGCCAGGGGACGACAGCGUCCACGACGACGCCCACCGCGACCACGCCCGUCUCCUCGUCGAAGCGCAACCGGGCGGUGCCGCCGCUGGCCGCACCGACCGGCGCCCUUGCCAACCUGAUCCAGCGCCAGCAGCAGAUCAAGGAGCAGCAGCUAAAGGAGCAGCAGCUGAAGGACCAGCAGCGGAAGGCGACCGCCCUGGCCGCGCUCGGGCUCGUGAACGGGCAGGUGUCCAUCACGCCCGCCAUCAUCGGUACGCCGCCGAGCAAUGGUAGCAGCAACAACAACCACCACCACAACAACCACCACCACAACAACAACAACAAUGGUGGGGCGAUCUCGCUCGUGACAACGAAAAAAUCUAGUGCCAACAACCAUAACAACAACAACAACAACAACAACAACAACGUGAGCAACCAUAACCACAACCACCACCAGCAGAGCGGAAAGCUGAACAACAGCAGUAGCAGAGGGCGCUUGUUGGAUCACAGCGAGUACGGGCUGAACAUGGUCGACAUGGAUAUGACCGCCGGAGAAUCGUCCGAAGGUGACUCGAGCUAUCAAAACUCGGCCGACGAGGACUACGCGUACCACCAGAAGCUGAAGGUCGCCAAGGUGGAAGCGGUCAUACCGCCGUCGCUCAAGUCGCAGCUGACCGUUACGCCUGCCGGUGCCGUAACCAACACGAACACCACCACCACCAUCAACAACAACAGCAUCCACAACGUGAACGCGAAUGGUGGCGGGCUGGUGGAGGAGCUCCACAUCGACUACAAGGAAAAGUACGAACAGACGCUGAAGGAGCUGUUCGCCUGCCGGAAGAUCGUGAAGAACCAGAACAAAGCGAUCCAGCAGCAGCAGAAGGAGAUCGAUUUCCUUAACCUGCUGCUGAAGGAGAAAUGAUCCGAAGUGGUGGCGGCGGUGAUGGUAGCGGAUCAUCACACCCGUACCCCACCCGUAGUCCGUUCCGGUUGCUCCGGAACCGAUUCCGGUGGCGUUCUGUUGGCGUGCUAGGACAAAAGAGCACGGUUGCAAGUGUGUCCUCCCACCAUGGGGAAGGUUAGCAGUUACCAUUCAUGGCAUCAUGUGGGGGCCGCCGGCGCCUGUUUUGGAAAGGGGAAAGUUUAGCGAGGGGGAGGUAAAUACGUUAGUGUAAAAUAAAAGUAGAAGGAAAUAGUAGCAGCAGGAACAUUCCAUUUGCCACCUUUUCACCAACAAAACAGGCGAGGCGUGGUCAAUCCACGCGUCUCUUCAACAACCACAAUUUGUACAUAGAAGGGAAGGUUCUGAGGGCAUUUAGGUAGACAGAGGACACACACUGGAAGAACGCCAUGACACAGGACACAACAGAUUGGCGAGGUAUUAGCUAUCCGUUUGGUAAUUUAACUUUCUAACUGAUAAAAGGGAUACGGGGGGCGAAUAGUAAAUUUAGCAGGUUGGUCAGUAAAGAGAGAGAGAAAGAGAGCUAGUGAGGAAAGGACACAAAUAGUCGCCAAAAUAGUGUGGUGGGGUAAGCGGUUGGAAGCGAAAGUGAACACGGCGGAAGUAACUAGAAUACAAAUAGCAGCAGCAGCAAGCAUUAUGUAUAGUUAAGUAAGUUAAGCUUAAGGCAUUUGGGAUUUCUAUCGGAUGUGUGUUUGUUUGUGUGUACGCAUAUUGUUUGUGUCUUGUUAGAACAAACACAUUUACAGACACAGACACAAACAACUGCAAUUUCGGCUAGGUGUAAUAUUCAACAGGUGUGUGAUUGAAAAACAGUGUUGUGCAAUCAACACACAGAGUAAGAGAGAGAGAGAGAAGAGAGAGAAGAGAGGGAGAGAAUAGGAAAAGUAAGGCUUAUAGUAAAAAAGAAAGUCAAUACACAAAAAACAGGAAGAAAUAUUAUUUAAAAAUGAAAAAAGAUGGGGUUUUUUGGAGGUGUGUAAGAGGUCACACUGCUGUCGUCACGGUUUCGGAUAGGAAAGGGUAGUAGAGGUAGUAGAGGUCGACGAAGAUUGUAUUUUGUGGUGGUCGUAU